AUGUCAAAUAUUCCAGUAAAGAUAGUGAUAAUCAACACACAAUACAUAGAAACAGAUGCCAGCAGUUUCAAAUCGGUCGUUCAGAAACUGACCGGCAAGAAUUCCACCGUGGCGGUGGAGUCAGCUUUCACUCCUCCACCGCCACUACCCGUGGCAGCUCCGUAUAACGGAUGCGGCCACGGUAGUAGUAAUUAUUGGGAAGAUCAGAAUGUCGGACCGAGUUUGGGGAGAUUGAAGUCAUUUAACGAAUUUGACAAGUUGUUCAAGGAGUUGCCUACUUUAGAUGAUCUUCUUCGUCUUUAUUCAGACGAAAUACAACAAUAACAUAUUCAG